GGAGUUUCCGCAUGGGUUCGGAUAUCAGCGUUGAGUGCCGAGAUUUGUCACUUCUCGCCCUCUUCGCUGACUAUGUCAUGGCCGAUGUGGUGAGACUCUGAGCCAUUUGAAGACAUUCUUUUCACCAUUCUUAUGCAUGGGAUGUAUAUACUUCUAAAGAUCGUCGUUCUCGUCCCGCAGACAACUUGGGAACUCCACAAUUUAACCAUGCCCGCAAACCACAAGGAGAAGAAAAUGAGCAAGAUGGCCGUGGAGGGGACAAUUGCUGUUUUGCGGGAGUUGACCAGAGAUAGAGAGAUCCGAGGAUCAAAAGUGACAGUAUUUUUACGCUUACUAACAGACAAUACCCUGAAUACGAUAAGGAUUUAGUUUUCAGGACGACAUAUAAGUAAUGGCGAUAUAUCCGCUCUAGAAAAGCCUACAGAUCUACGCAACUGUCGAGAAGGAUCAUGUCUUGAUUGACCCUCGUCUUCGUGUAUAUUACAUCAAUCUGAGAUUUCUUGUUUUUCCUUUCCUUUUCUUUUCUUUUUUUCUAUUUUAUUUUAUUUUAUUUUAUUUUACAUCUUCUAGAUUUAAGAUGUUGCGAACGAAGUUGGAUGCGAAUAUUGACUCUUUAAAUUUUAAGUUGGCUUUGAUGAGGUUAAGAAAAAUUAUCGAUGACCCUUAGGCCCCAUAAUUUCCAUUUGUGUACUGGAGGAUGUAUCGAUGGACACAGCGAAGACUACCUUAAACCUUAUGCAACAGCAUCAUUUCUGAUUGGGCUAAGCUAGCUCCAAGCCACAGCAUCAUUGUCAACGAAUUCACCCCAAUUGAAGCUAGGAUCUAGGCUCGGGAACAUGUGCG